AGGCGCGGGACCCGGGGACAGUAGCCGAGGAGAGCGAGGGCAGCCGAGAGGAACGACCCAGUGGGACAGGGAGGGGACCUGAAGCGGCCGCGACCCCUUCACUCACCAAAGAGGCUGUUGCUGAAGCCGUCCCAGACGCAGCCGGCGGCGUCCCACACCCAGCGGCUCCUCAGGCAGGACAUGAAGGUGGAUUUUAGCAACCUGAUAAGGUUACCAAGAAAGAAGAAAUGGCAGAGCCACAAAAAGGACACCAUUCUUCUGACUCCACAGUAAAACAAACUGCUUCCUGUAGCAACGUCAAAAAAGGGAUGUCUGGAAAGGAUUGUGAUAAGGAGAAUUGCUCUACUCUUGAAGUGCCAGAUUUCAAGAAUGCUUUAAAGCAGUUCCAAAUACUAGUUGAAAAAACAGUAGCUCAGAAGACAAAGGAGAGAUUAGGCUUGCAUAUUGAAGAUGACGAUGAGAUGAUAGACUAUGAUAAGUUCUAUACAACCACACAGACACUUUUUGGUCCGGAAGUCAAGGAUCAUAAUGUUAAAGCCUUUUUUAGGAAGAUUAACAACAACCUUGAUGCAAGGACAGAAUGGUGUGAGAUUUUUGGCUAUUUCAUCGGAGAAAGUGAUGGCACAUCUUCCCAGACAAAAGACGAAAACAUGAUUUUUCUUUUAUCUGAAAAACAGCAGAUUCCUCAUGCAGUUCUCAAGAGACAAGAUGUAAUUACGAGUAUAGUGAAGGUGCCCCAUCUGAAUUUCACAGUAACAUCCUCUCAGAAAGGAAUACUAACUAUUUUUGACAACCAGAUGUCAGUUCUGGCAACCAUCACUGUUGAAGAUACUGAUUGGAUCGCUGGAUGUGAUUUCCUACAUCAGCUGAAAUUUGUCGUGGCUGUAACAACUGAAAGGACAAUCAUCGUCUGGGACUAUAAAUCAAAGGGGAGACAGAACAAUGGCUUUAUCAUCAAACCAAUGGAAAAUGGUCUGCUCUGUGUUUGCACGGUGACUAAGUCAGAUGACCUGGCUAAGGAUACUAUCCUAAUGGGAGAUGAUAAGGGUUAUGUUUACCUGCUUAAUGUGACUGCUGAUCAGUUUGGAUUGAAACGAUGUAAAGGCAAAAAAGAAUCACAACUACAGGCCCUGGACUCUAAAACUUUUAACAUUGUUAAACGCAAGCUACAUGAUGACUGGGUUAUGAAAGUCAAGUAUAUUUCUGAACUAAAUUGUUUUGGAUCCUGCUCUUCAGACAGCAUUCAUUCAUUUAUUUUGGAUGACAUAAAGCGACUAAAGGACAAUUUACCUGUAAAGGAAUUUUCUGUCCCUAAAGGGGUCAAUGCCUUCACAUACUGUGCAAAAGCAAAAGUCAUUGUCACUGGAGGUCAUGACAAACUGCUUCGUUUGUGGCAUCCAGUUGUUAAUAGUAAGCCUUCAGGGAAGCUAUCGGGACACCAACAUAGUGUUGUGGAACUUGUGACAAAUGAGAAAGAUCAACAGGUCAUCAGCCUUUCCUCUACAAAGGUUUUUAGAGUGUGGGAUUUACAGACCCUGUCGCUGCUGCAAGUCUUCCAUGAUGAUCAAGGGAGUCCUGGAGAGAUGGAGGCCUCUGCCAUGGUAUUUGACAAUGAUAAUGGCACACUUAUCACUGGUUCAACUGUCAUUGACAUUUAUCCCCUAACUCAAGUGAUACAAGAUAGGAGACAGUUGCCACAGACACAUGAGAAAAAAAUCAAUGUUCUGAUUUACAACAUGGCUCUUCACCAAAUUCUCACUGUCUGCUCUGAGUCAAUACUGAAGGUCUGGGACCUAGAAACUGGAUAUCAAAUAUAUCAGAUUGAAGAUGCGCAUGGGCUGAAUAUCGAAGUGACCUGUGCAGCCUUUGAAAGAAAAGGGGUUUAUCUUGCUACUGGGGCAUGUGAUGGAACAGUGAAAAUUUGGGAGUUCGAAAAUGGGCAGGAAGUUAAAGCCUUGCCUUUGGCCCAGCACUGCAAAGAUGAACAUUAUCUGCUGAAGAUAGUUUAUCUGAAGGCUAAGAGAAGUCAACAUGCGCUUCUUGUUUUGGAGAAGAGUGGGAAGAUGAAAAUGAUUCAGGGUAACUCUGUUCAAACAUAUCUAUAUGUAACAUGGAUGCUUCCUGAGGCAAUGUUGUUUCCACGACGGAAUCCAGUUGUGUCUCUGUCACUGAAAACUGACACCUUACAAACACAUUUUUUUCCGGAUAUUGAGCUGCCAUCUGAUACCGGUUCUCUGAGGAAUGAUACAGAGCAUUUUGUACCCUCUGUGGAAAAGAAAUGUUUUGAUGUUUUAAAAGAAGGAGGAUACAGUUUGAUAGCUACAGGAAGUGAAAAUGGUGCAAUAAUUUUGUGGGAUUUUGAAUCUGCCUCUGUGAGAUGCAUGUUUAAAAUGAAUGAAGAGAGCCAGAAUUCAGUUCCUCAAGUAUCUGGAGUCAAUGCCAUAUUAUUCCUUGUACGCAGUGCUUUCUUUCCCAGGAAAAGUAGCUCCCUGCUCUCUCUUACUGCUACUGGGAGGCGCGGUUUCAGCAUUGUUUCGGAGCACAGGGGCAGUUCUUUGAGCCAACGUCGGGAAAAUGCAAAACAUGGUGAAAUAGCAACAGCAGAAAUCACAACGGAGAUGAAUGCACUGUUAUCCGAAGCAGUAGAAGAAUACUCACCAAUCCUGGCUUCUGCUCAUGACAAUGGCUCUAUCUGUCUAUGGAGUAUUCAGGGAAAGUUAGUGAAUGAAAUUUUGCCAUUUUCAAAAUAUCCUUCAGUUCCUCUGACAGCACUCUGUACAGAUAUCUCCACUAAAAUGCUUCUGGCAGGCAGUAAGGAAGGACAUAUUAUGUGCUGGAGUAUUGAAUCAUUCUUAGAAGAUCCACAAAAUCCUAAAAAUCAAAUAAAGGAGGAGCUUUGCUGGAGGGCACACCCUACUGAAGUGGUUGACUUAUUUCAUGAAGAGGAGAAAAAUGUGGUAGUGACAGCAUCUAUCGAUGGUUCAGUCAGGCUGUGGCACGCCAUGAACGGAUACUAUAUUGGUUACUUCGGGCAACCCAGGACGUUUGACUUUUCAGAUAUCAGUCGGUUGAUUUUGCCUUCUGAUGUUAAUAGCUUUCCUAUUAUAAUAAAAGAGGAAAGCAAGCAUAUGGAAAAGAAUAAGAAGUUUGAAUAUCCUCUUGUGCUGGACAGAGACAAGUAAGAUCUUGUACAUUUACAUACAUGUAUGAUUGGGGGAACAGUUCUGAAAACAUACUUCAAAAGCACCUUUCACCUGAUAGUCAGAAAAGCAUUAGUGUUUCCUAUGAGUUAUUUAGAAAAAUCUUUUUUAAAAAUAUUUUUGCACAGCAUAGAUAAAUCUCUUAAUUGUUAUGACUAGGUGACAGUCGGGAUUAGGUGAUGUUCAGGAUUUUAAUUCAGUGAUGACUAGAUAAUUGUCUCAGAUUUUAGCCUAAUUAGAGUCUGUAUGUUAUGUACACUAUUCAGGUUAGCAGCCUGUUUCAUUUCCAGUUCCACAAGCUGAUAUACUACUGGGAUCCAAAACAGUUUAUUGAAAAACCUUAGUGUGAAUAAUUUCAACUGUAACCCAAAUCCUUCUGUAAGAAUAAACCAAAUUUAAUCUUUCAGCUUAAAAAAUGGUCUUCUUAAAUUUGUUGUGAUGUUAUGGAUACAUUCAUGUACUUCUGAUCAUAACGUUCUGACAAUGGCAUAAGUGUUGUGUGUUCAAUAGCAGUGUUGGACCUUUCUCCCUCUUGGUAGAGUUCUCAAGGGAUGUGGGUUAAUUACAAGUCAAGCCAGAGAGUCCUGGUCCUCCAGCUUAAGUCAUGUUUCUAGUCCUGGAGCUCCCUGGUUCAUUAAUUAGUGGGUUGAUCAAAUGAACAGAAAUAAUGAACAGAAAUAAUGUCUUAAAGGCAACUUGCACUGUGUCUUUAGAAUCAAAGCAGUCCAAAUCUGGGGUUUAAAAAGUCAGGCAUGCUCUAGUGGCAAGGUUUCAUAUACUGUGUGCAUUCUUAGGCUGCCUUUUAACCAUAUCACAAAGGGAAAUCCCUAGGGUGCUUUUCUGGUCCCCUAUUAGGUUGGUAUCCUGCUAAGACUUAUUAUUCCAUAGAGUUCUCACUAAUGUGAGUAUUCCCACUAAAGUCAGAACAGUAACUCAUCAAUACAGAGAAGUGCUUGGCUGCGUUUGAAGGACUAACCCCUGUAGUUCUUUUGAAUAUUCAGCAGCUAGUUUGAAACCUCCGGAAUUAAAGAUACAAUAAUUAAACCAGCUAACCUUAAAGAAACUUUCCAUAAAUGACAUGUCUCUGUCAAACUGUGACAACUAUUUGAGGACUCUUCAAAUAUUUCAGUAAAGGAGAAUGGCAGCAUACAUAUAAAGUGCAGUAAUUAAACAGACUGGAAGAAAAUUAGGAACCUGCAUAACUGUGGGAAGAACUGACAGUCCCACUCUGCACAAUAGAAAGUUUCAGUCUUAUUAUUCUAUAUAGUCUGUGGGCUGUCACCUCAAGAGUAACUGGAUUUCUCUGGUUUAAUUAUACCAAAUAGUGUCAUGGAUAGGUGUUACUUGUGGAUGCUAGACUUUGUUCUCUACAGGAUACAGAAGCUUCUCUUGGGUCAAAUCAGUUAUCUUCAUGGUGCUAUUACAAUUUGCUUAUUGAACAGCUGCCAUAUAAGUCACUAAGAUAAUAAUUUAGAGCUUCAAUUAACAAAUCAAGUUAUAAAUGGUAUUAACAGAUAUUCCGCAAAUGUGUGUAUACCGGAAAUGGAACAAACCCAGCUGAAUAGCAUUAGUGCUUACAGUUUAAACGAGUGGUUCAGGUGGUGUCAACAGGUAGACAGACCCAUCCAGAAGAGUCUUAGUUCCUCUCUGUAGUUUAUAAUUCCUUAGGUUGUUUGAUCUGACUUAUUUUUUCUGAUUAUAAAUUAUAAAUGAAACUGUGUUAAUCUACUCUAACAGACACACUAGAUCAUUUCUUCCUGUGAUUAACUUUGGAAACCAGAUAUAUGAGCAGAGGAAAUCUUCUUUAUUAUGAAAGCGGCAUAUAGGAAUUGUAGUCAGACCUGACAGAAAUGCUGAAAAGCCAUUAUCAGACAGAUUUAGCACCCAGCUGUGUUUUCUAUAUUAACAUUUCCAGACUUCUAAAGAUGACAAGCCAGUAUCUGGAUUGACAAAGUGUCAUUGAAGCACUUCAUGACACCUAUGAAGGUCCUAAUAUAAAUUCUAUUUUGAAGAUAUACAGAAUAAUUUCUACUUAGGAGUAAUUUAUACUUCAAAAUAAUUUUAUUUCGUAGCCAGCUAAGAAUGUUGCAUUCAAAAUUGCCAUUUUGACAGAAGCAUCAGAUUUUUCUGUCUUCUGUGGACAGGUGGAAGUCAUUGACUAGAUCACCUUCAGUUGUAGAAAAGCCUAAACUUGUGGAUGUAAUUCAGGACAUG